AUGAGUAACAGUGAAGGUAUUCCUAUCCGUCGUCUUGUUAUAAAUGAUCCCAAAGAUAUGCCUCUUCAUUAUGGUGAAACACCAGGUGGAAGCAUCUAUUCGACAACACCAGGCGGAACCCGUAUUUAUUACGACCGAACGUUUCUUCUUUCUCGUCGUGAUUCACCACUGACGCGUUCGCCACCAUCGAAACUGCCCUACAUUCCCGAAGUUACAUUAAUUCCUGAUCCAUCCAAAGGUGAUAGUUCAGGUUCAAAUAGUACGAAUCAAGACGAAACUUCCGAGCAACAAAAGUCACCAUUGACGAAAAAAGAUGGUGAUGACCAAUUUUCCAUGGACAUAUGA